AUGACUUUCCAAUCAGCAUUUCAUAAGAACAUAUACAACAAAAGAGGAACUUUUGAAGGGUCCAAUUUUCUAAUUUCAACUGAUUCGGUCAAUUGGCUACACGUCAAAUCACUCUCGAUUACAGAGUUGGGCCAGCUAUUUUCAACUGAUGAGCAAGAGAACCACUAUCUUCUACUACAAGCCUUGCAAUCUUGUUAUGUUCAAAUAUGUCCCAAUAGCCAAAGCCUAAACACGCAACGCCAACAACAACAGCCACAACUAGUACAUCUGCACCUGCAACAACUGUUGUCCACAUCGACCCUCAGUGGUCGAGAAUCUUCAACUAGCAGGAGGAGAAGUAGGGGUCUAGGUUCGAGAAAGAAUACGAAUAACAACAAGCUAUCGAGUGAUGGCAAUGCGAGUAACAAUACAGGUAACCCACCCGAAGAAGAUCCACCAAUAAUAUUUAUCAAAACCUUUGAAAACGACAAACUUUACAUCAAAGUAGCAUCAAAAGCAAACUUUGGAAACUUGAUCAGCACUUUGAUCGUAUGGCAGAAUUUAAAACCACAAGGAUUGGCCAAGAAAUGGUACAGUGAAAAUAAAGUAACCAACCAGAAAUCUUCAAGUUCUUCAUCUCCAUUAGACGGUGACAUUAGCUCAUCGCCACAUGAAUUAUUAGUAUGUCGGUUCAAGAUUUAUGGGCCAUUGCCAAACAAGUCCAAGAACUUGAACAUCAUCCCGGGACCAGUUGCCCCAAUCUAUCAGCCGAAAAUUGAUGAUCAUCUUUACAACAAAUGGGGUUCGGAGAAUCAUGCACAAUCUCCACAUGCAGACUACAAUAGAAACAAUAACAUCAACGAAGGGUGGUUCUAUACUAUGGGAGCACUCAAUUCCAAUGGUAUUUUGAACUUUAUCACGGAAUUAGAUGGAACCUUGUUGUACUCGAUUGAUAUCAAGAAAAUCUUUGCCAGCGAGAUUAGAGAAGUGCACAACUCUAUAUUCAAUAGUUCGAAUGUAUUGUUUAUUGGUCAAUUGAAUGAGUUGCGAUGCAACAAUGUUAUAAGGACAACUUCAGCAACGUCAAAUGCAGCGGCAUCAUCAACAUCAGGUGCAUCAUUAUCAUCUUCCUCAUCAACGUCAACACUUGGAGGUGUUGGUGGUGGCGUUGGUGGUGGUAGCAUAGGCGGUGGCGGUGGCGUUGGUGGUAGCAUCGUUGGUGGUGGUGGUGGCAGUGGUGUUAUUGGUGGUUUUGGAUCUGCCUCUAUGGCUGCUGAUCCAUUAUCUUCUAUAUUCCUCACUAGAGAUGGAAAAAUUAUACCAAGUAACAAUAGAAUAUUUAUCGAGUUUCCUCUCCAUAUCGAUUUGGAAGAUUGGUUUGUGGGGCUUAAUUAUUUUGCCAAGCGAGAGUAUAUUGGCUCCUUCAAUAAUGAGGCUAGACUAUUGACCAGUGAUAAAAAGAAGGGUGGUAUUAAUGCUGGUGCUGGUACCGGCAAAGAAGAAGAGUAUAUGCCUCCACCAAGGAUAUCAGAUUUCUCCAAAGCCAACUUUCGAGUUUCCAAGAAAGUCACAAUCGAUAUCAUUGAGGCCAAAUUUGAUCACUCGAGUCUAGCUGCUGCUACAAAAAGUGGAAGUACAGCCAUGGGAGGUGGCAAGAUAUACGCUGAAGUGAGAAUGUGGGGCUACCCUUGGUCAAGAACGGCCAUUGUCAACCAUACCUUGAACCCAUUUUGGAAGGAAGAAUUCCUGACAAACUUGCCAAUCUCGACCCAAAUGAUACAUAUCAUUAUCAAAAAAUGUGCGUAUAACGAUGGUACUUCAUACUCAGCCAAUGACAAAGUUAUUGGAACCGUUUAUGUUACACCUGAUAUUUUGACUAAGCACAUCAAGACAAGCUCGACCAUCAUGACGGCACACGAGUCGAAUGGUAUACAAGUUAACAACUCAAUCCCUUUAGCCAAUAGCAGCCUGAACAAUGGUUUAAACAAUGGCUUAAACUCUGCACUUACCAACAACGGUGCUAGUACUUUAGAUAUUGUCAGACUUACGAUUUAUGAUCCAAGUAAUAUUCCUAUUGGGAAACUAUUACUACAAGUUAAUUUGAAAGAAUUUCAUAUCCUUUCAAGCCCCAAUUUUAAAAGCCUUGAAUUUCUUCUCAAGAAUGGGCCUAUUGACCAGUUGGUGAAUUUUUUCAACGAAAAUGUUGCCGCAUCGGAGUUUGAAAGAAUUAGUGUAAUUUUGCUAGAUAUUUUUCAAUGUCUACAUCAAGAAGAACGGUUUUUUAAAACUUUGAUGGAAAUGUCACUCUCAUCGUUGGGGAACAAGUUGGCAACUCAGUCCAAGUCCACAUCACAGAACAAUGUAUUUAAUACAUUGUUUCGAGGCUCGUCGAUUUUCUCCAAGGCAUUGGAAAGGUACAAUAUACGUAUUGGACAAGAGUAUUUGGAAAAAGUGUUUGGUGAUUUUUUUGCCAAGAUAAAUAAAGAAUGCAAGAAUUGUGAGGUUGAUCCUCGAUACGUCAAGAUCCAAGAAAGAGCUGCUCGUAAAGGACUUUUGAACAAGGAUAAUGAUUUGACUGAUUUGGAUGAUUUGUGUGGCUCAAGCGAUGAUGAUGAUGAUGAUGAUGGUGAUGGUAAUGGAAAUGGUUAUGACUCAGAGUUGGAACGUGAAAAGGAUGAGAGGAUUAAGAAAAUGGUUGAAGAUAACUAUCAAAACUUGUAUGGGUAUGCCGAGGAGAUUUGGCACAAGAUUUACAUUACGUCCAAUGAUAUACCUGAACAAAUUAAGUUGCAGCUAAAGAAUUUCAGAACCAAGGUUGAGUUAGUAUGUGAACCAAAUGAUAAAGUGACGAGUUUAAACUGUAUUAGUGCAUUUAUUUUCCUUCGAUUCUUUUGUCCUGCAAUUUUGAAUCCGAAAUUGUUUUACUUGACAAAGAAUCAUCAAACGGGUAGUACGCAAAGGACAUUGACUUUGAUUGCCAAGAUAUUGCUUAAUUUGGCCAACAGACAGGAGUUUAGUCCACACAAAGAGCCACAUUUGGUCAAGAUGAAUUCAUUUUUGAGGAAGCAUCAAAGUGAAGUAUAUGAUUACUUUGAUAAGAUUACUGGCAGAAAGAAUGAUUUCAAUGAAAAAAUUCUUGAUUUGAGUCAUGAAGUCAAGAGGUUUGAUCUUGGAUUGGAUGAGACCUCGAAUGAAUUGCCAACCACGCCGUACCUUAUUGAUAAGUAUUUGAGAUUGACUGAGUUGGUGCAUUUGUUGAACUAUAAUACUGUUGCUGCACAAAAGAUAUUGAAUGAAAGUGCAAAUGCGAGCCAAAUGGGAACGCCAUUUGCCAGUCCACUGAAGAAUAUUGAGCCUACUUCGACCAAGACAAAUCACACAGUGUCUAGUGUGUCGUCUCACGCACACUCACAAUUGUCAGAACUUGAUCCAAUAAAAUUUGGAGAUGCAGAUGAUAACGUUGGUGGUGUAGGUGGCGAAGGUGGCGAAGGUGGCUAUGGAGAAGUUGAUUUUCACCUUGGCAACUUGAGUGCUCUGCCGCCGCCAAAUGAGAAUGUCUAUCAAAUUGGCUCCUUGGAGUUUGAGAAACUGGAGUUCUUGGAUCUUGCUGGUGAUAAAGAAACUGAAGGGUUUAUUAAAUCAUUAUGUAAUGGCAAUGAAGAGAUUUUUUCAUUCAUCAACAUCAAUAUUUCGCUCAAGGACAUUCAAAUGCAAAGCACAAAGAUAAUGAAUAAGAUUAAUGAUUUGGAAACUUAUUUGGAGAAUUAUGAGUUUCCGUCGAAUUACACUUCAAGUAAAACGGUUGGGGACUUGUUGUGGGGCACAUUUACUGAUGAUGUGUUGGACAGAGCAUGUUUGGAUUUGACGCGAAACGUCAUUGUUUCGUUGGACUAUAAUCCGGUGAGUUUAUUUGGUGGUGGUGGUGGUGGUAAUGGUGGCACAAACUCUGGUUCUAAUAGUGGUGGUAAUGGUGCGAGUGGUGAUGGCUCACUACAUCGUAACCACCAUUAUCAUCAUCACCAUCAUUAUGGGAAUCCAAAUUACAAGUUUAUUGUGGAUGAUAAUGCACUCACUUUGCUUAAAUUGAAGUUUCCCGAGAAUAGUGGUACAGGGUAUGGUGUUGGGCAUAGACAAACAGCAUCUAUUUCUAGCUUAACAUUGAGUAGUAAGGCGAGUGGAAGAAGUGGGAGAGGAGUAGGGAUUGCAAGAAGUGAUGAUAGUUCGACAAACUUUAAUAAUGGAAGCAACGGGCUGGAUCGGAUGAGAGACACAUUGAAGAAAUGGCUCGGUAGAGGAAGAUGA